CGGGGAACGAGCCUCGUCCCGCUUAGACGACUCACUCAAGGCUGCACAUUCAAUAUCCCCGCUGCCUCUACAAUUCACAAUCCUUGGAACAAUCUCGCCUCCAGCACCAGUCUUGCACAGAGAGUGAAUUCGACUGCGUCAAUAUUCCCCCGAUUGCAUAGUGUUUUGGCACAGUCACAGGGGAGUCACUCACUCGGUCAACCCAACAUGGCGCAGAAAGCAGCCAAAUCCCUCGCCGUGCGCAAUACAGCCCGCCUCAAACAAACCCACCUCAUAACCCUAGCCAUCCACACCAUAUUCCUCUUCCUGCGCUUCACAUUCCGCCAUUCCCUCUCAUUAAAACGCUACAUCCUCCUAUCAGCACCAGGCCUUGCCAUCGAAUUCUACUUAGAACGCCUCGCUCGACCAACAUACAACGCCCACGACGGGUCCCUAAAACGCGCAGGGGAAGAUCUCGAUGCCAAAGGAUUGACCGAGUUCAUGUGGGACAUUCUGUAUUGGACAUGGAUCAAUUUGAUUUUGGUCAUUGUGUUUGGGAACCGCGCUUGGUGGCUGUAUCUUGUUGUGCCGGGCUAUGCGGUCUAUGCGGCCGUCACGACGGCGAGUGGUGUCAAGGCCAUGCUUGGUGGGAUGGGCGAUGCAGCUGGUGCUGAUGGCGGUGCAGGACCACAGAGCAAGAGACAGGCCAAGAUGGAGAAAAAGGGUGGUGGACAACGUGUGGCAUAUCGAUGAUACAGUACUUGCGAACUCAACCACCAUAAAAAAGAAAUAUAAUCCUUGAAUAUCUGCCCUGCCAGUGCCACACUUUGACGCCCCAGAGUGACUAGUACGGUAUCCUCACUGGCGCCGUCCCCAGCUAUCCGGUCCCCUCAAGUUCAAGUUGAGUUCGUUUCCUCAAACGAAAAACAGCACUGUGCUGUUACCAAAUCAUACACUCCAUCUCAAUCUUUGGCCAACCGUUCGCUGUCAAGCCACCUCGCAAGCCCCGUCGUCCCAUACAACUCGCGCCAUUCCCCCGAAUCCUCCUCGACAUAUUCACCCACAAACUCAGCCGUCUCAUUAGCCUUUUCCUUGACCGCCUGAGUGGCUUCUUCCAAUUUCUCGCUCGCACGCGCCAUGGCCAGAUUAUAAUACUCGACACUAGAUUUUGCCCGCUGAGCCAGCCGGCUUGCAGUUGUCUUGCCUUUCCGCUUAUAUCGACCCAGCACGAUGGAGGUGAUAUAAUAUGCGCGGACCAGAAACCGUUGAAUAAUCUGUUUCACCAGCAUGGUGAUUCCAUGACUGAAGAAAGACCGAAGAAUCUCCACAUACAACCCUUCAUAAAGCGCACUCACUCCCUCCGUCUGGGCAAUCGUCAAAACGGUACUGAAGAUCGUGGCCCUGGCGGCCUUUUUGGCCUUGUCGCUUUCAAGAUCCUGAUCAAUCACUUUGUCCUCGUCACGCUCUUCUUGUUGUCGAGUGGCUCCUCCGGCCUGGAGCCGUGUCUUGGCCAAACUGAAAGGAUACGUGACCGAGGAGGCACAAGCCUUGCUGAAAGCAGACAGCAAGAAAGUCAAAUAUGGCGGCGGAUGCGCUCUCCUAUGGUGCGGCAGGAACAGCUUUUUCAGGGUUUCAAACAAGCCGAACGUGAUUGAUGGGUUGAGCGUCAACACCAGUGAAGCUGAAUAACCGGACCAGAACCCCGUCAGACCUUUCUCGGCAUAGAUGUCUCGGGCGAUCUCUCGGGCGGAGGGAACGUGAAACGGUUGGGAGUCGUUCUCUUUCGCCGCCAGCAGCGCAGCCGCCUGCUUCCUCGUAACAAUAUUCGCAAUCGGCGCCGUCGCAAGUUUCGUCAAACUGCCCGCGACAAACCCGACAACCAGCUCUUCAAUCGCCGGCAACGACUUCGUCCCCUUUCCAUGUCUGACCAGCCUCUUAUCCCUAAGAAAGCUAUAAACUAAGAAAAAGAUGAACGAGUCGGCAAUCGUCUUGCCCGUCGCCUGCAGCAAACCCGUGUACAAUCCAGCGACGCCGCCUUCAUUCUUGUAGAUCUUUUCGACCGCAUCAAUGAAGCCCUUGUACUCGUCUUCCGAGGGUUGGGACUGGUCCUUUCGUAGCUGUCGUUGCAGUUGGAGCCGAGUAAUAAUUAAAUCGAUCGGGUAGAGGAUCGCGUUUGAGAGCGCGGACCCUGCUGAUCCGGCGACCGCAUGGCCGAGGGCUUCUAGAAACGGUGCUUUGGACCCUCCUGAUCCUGAGGUUCGUGAUCGGUUGUUGUUUUCUUCUUGGACUUGGUGGUAGAGUUCGAACGCGUCCUAAAUGCCACAAAGGUCAGCCUCGGCCUCCCAGUAUUUGUGCCGCUUCGCGCGUCGGGGGAAAGGUAAGAACAUACGAGUUGGCUGU